UUCGCCAUCCUCUUGGAAUGCCAGCAUUCUGAAAAAACCGGCUUUUCCUUCCACCAAUUUCCUCUCUCGAUUUUUUACUGUUUCAAGUGGCAGGCAGCCGGACGUUAACACUGUGACAAGGCUACUCUUGAUCUACCUGGAGUGGUGUAAAAUAAUUCAGCAGUUUCUGGGCGAGAAGGGACAUGUGUUUCCUGGUGGAGCUACUCCUAGGAGGCAGUGGUGCAAUGGAGCAAUUACCUUCCGAGCAACCCACCUUGCUGGCAAACACUGGAGCCCUUGCCUGCUAAGCUACGUGACCCAGGAGCGAGGGAACUAAGCCUUCAGCUGACACGCAGCAUUUAGUUGGAGGGAUUGACUCUACCAAGAACCAACUCUUAGAAAGCAACGGGACUUCAUUAUUCUGUUCCUUCCUGUCAUUAUGGAAACCAGCCAUCAACCUAUGGAGUGAUGGCAGGAUCAUAUGAUAGAAACUGCAGUUUGUUUGGCUGUGUUUAUGACUGUCAUCGUGAAUUUCUGUUUAAGUGUUCAGUGGACUUCAGUUCUAGUUUCAACUGUACAGUUAAUUCAUUGUGGUACCCAAGGCAGCCUCACCCCUUGCCUUUAUAAGUUUCCUGACCACACCUUGAGCCAUGGGUUUCCUCCCAUGCCCCAGCCUCUCCUGGCAGAGGACCCCACAGCUGCUGACUUCAAGCAGGAACUCAGGCGGAAAAGCAAAUUGGUUGAAGAGCCAAUAGACAUGGAUUCCCCGGAAAUUCGAGAACUUGAAAAGUUUGCCAAUGAAUUUAAAGUGAGAAGAAUUAAGUUAGGAUACACCCAAACAAAUGUUGGGGAGGCCCUGGCAGCUGUGCACGGCUCUGAGUUCAGUCAAACAACUAUCUGCCGAUUCGAAAACCUGCAGCUCAGCUUUAAAAAUGCAUGCAAGCUGAAAGCAAUAUUAUCCAAAUGGCUGGAGGAAGCCGAGCAAGUGGGAGCUUUAUACAAUGAAAAAGCAGGAGUAAAUGAAAGGAAAAGGAAACGGAGAACAACUAUAAGCAUUGCUGCUAAAGAUGCUCUGGAGAGACACUUUGGAGAACAGAAUAAACCUUCUUCUCAGGAGAUCAUGCGGAUGGCUGAAGAAUUGAAUCUUGAGAAAGAAGUAGUAAGAGUUUGGUUUUGCAACCGAAGGCAGAGAGAAAAACGGGUGAAAACAAGUCUGAAUCAUAGUUUAUUUACUAUUUCCAAGGAGAACCUUGAAUGCAGAUAAGAUUUCCUAUUGUGUAAUUACAAAUUUUUCUAUUUUUUGUUUCUUUCUCUUCUCCAACAAAAAUAGAAAUUAGUUAUUUCGUUGCUUUAAAAAAUCAUUUUAUAUCAGCAUUUGCAGCUUUUCUUUUCUAGUCUAAAAAAUACAAUUAAAUUAUAUUGAUGAAUUUUCUUUAAAAUACUUAUUCUCAGAAGCCACAUUUAACAUUUUAACCCAAAGAUAUUAAUAUGAAUAAAAUGAUUCUUUCUCUCAGUCUCUCUCCCUAUCCAUCCACCCUCCAACCCAUCUAUCACCUCUCUACUAUCAAUCUAUCAAUCAUCUAUUUAUCUAUAUCAUCUAUCUUUUAUCUAUCUACACACACACACACAGACACACACGAGUGUGCACAUGGGUUUUUUCGUUUUAAGGUCUCUUUUCCAAAGGCUGUAUGUUAGCUUUUUAAUAUUUCAGUCAGUAAUGUCAUAGUUUAAGAAUAUCACCAGAGAAGAUCCAGUUAGAUCAUUCCUUAACCAAUGUCCUGUUCACCAUCAACUCUAAUCGUUUGUUUGAACUCAAACUUUUGCACUUAAGAGCCUGAGGUGCCUUAGAAUUUUCUUACUAUGUUUAGGAAUAAAUCUUAAUCAGAAGUGACACCUCUGAAGCUAAUACACUCAAGGCACAGUGUCCAAAGAAGUGUUUCAAUAGAGGUUUGUAUAAACCUUAAUUUAUGAUCUUUUUAUUCUUCCCAGACAUUAACUUUUUGAUGGUUAGUUAUAGAAAAUACGCUUUAUGAAUUCUUGAGCUCCAAACCACUGUUCUGUAAGCUGCAACAAUGCAGGGGAGACGUCUGCUUGUUUGUUGUUGUUGCUCCACUGCCUGGGAAAGCAAUUGCUCUUAGCAUGCAACUGUACUUCAAUUGAGUAAUGAUUUGUUCAUAAUUAAAUGAAGGUGUAUGCUGUUGACAAUGGCUACAAACUUGAAGGGCAACUAAUUUAUUUUUUGAAAUCUCACAACCCACAAAACCAUCUGGGGCCCUAUGAAAAAGGACUAUCACUUUUGGUUUAAUUGACUAGAAUAUGAUUAUUAAUAAAAAUGAUUUGAUAUAUUGAGCUUUUAAAUUCAGGGAAUUGUAUCUCAAAAGGACAUUCAUUUAUGAGAAUGCCCUUUGAAACUUUCAAGUAGGAUACUAUAAUGUGAUAUCAAAUAUUAAAUAGUGAUUUUUUUUGCAUUUGAAAUGAAAUCUGCUGGCAAUGUUUAUCUAUUUUAUAUCACAAAAAUGGGAACAAUUAAACCAAUUUUUAUUAUUGGUUUAGAAUCCUUACUAAAUAAAUUAUACCGUCGUUUCUUGCUUUUCUGAUGUUAAUAAAGACCAAAGGUCAUAAUCUAUGUAGAUCACAUAUAUUUGUGCACACAUAGUUGGAUGACUAGAAACUUUGAUAUACUGACAACAAAAGUUUUCAGGGGCCUGCUCAUCCAUUCCUUAGCACACUUGUAGCUCCCCGGAGCUGCUAAAUACAGUGUAUCUAUAAAGGCUUUUCUUAUUCAAGAGUAAAUUCCAAAUUAUUCAGCUAUAUAGAUAUCUAAGUUCCUUCUCUGGAUAAUUCACCUGCUUAAAAUACACAUUAAUGGGGAAGGGAUUAUUUAGUUUGCAAAAGACAGGGUAGGGCGUAUACAUACUCUCAUAAAUAAAUAAAUAAAUAAAUAAAUAAAUAAAUAAAUAAAUAAAUAAAUAAAUAAAUAAAUGCACGUCUUUGAAACUUGCAAAUAGAAGCAAAAUUUAAUGCAAUAUAGAUGUAGGAUAGUGACUUUUUUGCACUUUAAAUAUGAAUCUGCUGGGAAUGUUUAAUCUUACUUUAUAUAACAAAAGCAGGCACGCAUAUAUGCUUAAUCAUCACAAAUGUAUGUUUAGACCAUGUUAUCAUCAGACAUUCACCCAUGUCAUUAUUUUCAAGUUCAGAUACAACCAAUAUUGGGAACCAAUUCCUCCCUCUAAAAAAAUUAUUUUGAAUCAAUAGUUAAUAUUGAAAUAGCAAUGUUAUUUAGCUAUUCAUAAGUUAGUUGUAAAUGCACUGGUAUUUACUAUUAACUUAUUUCUAUUGAGUUUUGAGACUAUAUUUUCUGAGUAUAUUGAGAUAUUUUAAUAGAUUUUGAUCUUUUUAAAAAAUAGAAAAUGGUUAAUGUUAUUUAGAAUCCUAAAUUGCAUUAAACAAAUGACAACUGUAAUUUAUUGUGUAGUAUCUAUGUGUUCAUUCUUUCUGGAAUAAACGUCAAAAGCUGACUUUAGCCAUACAGCCUUUCUAUCUUAUGUUCUUGUGACUUCUGUAGUGAAUCUUCGGAAAUUCAGUAGAGUCGUCCAUUAAAAUGGAAGAUAUGUCUGUCACUUACACUAAUUGGUAUAUUCAAUUUUACCUGGUUAAGGUGGUUGACAAAUUCAUUCAUAAAAUUUACCUUUCCAUCUUUAAUGGUCGAAAGAUUUGUCUAAAGAAAUAUUAUCAGUGUUUGGGGAUAGAAGAGGUGUGU